GCCGUCUCCACGGCAACCGCCAGGCCGCGGGAAAUGUCGCCGGGGGUCGAGGGCGGCCGGGGGGCGGGCUUCGUCUUCCGGGCCCUGUCACAGAAAUCCUUCUCUUGCCUGCAGGACAGGGACAUCGAGGAUCGCCUCCUCAAAUGGUCCAUGCAAGGCAGGAUCACAGCACAAGCAUUUGGUUUUGACCAGCAGUUUAAGCCCUAUCAAAAGGAUGAAUUUGUUAUGGCAUUUUUUAAUGAUCAAAACGUGAACUCCAGUUUAAAGUUGCUGUCAGCUUCAGGACAGUGGACUACAUUGGGUUCUAAAGUGACAAAAAUUGAAGCUACAGUGGUACCUUGCACACAGAUUUCCAUGUCAUUUUUUGAUCGGCUGUACUGUGAAGGAGUUGUUAGAGAAACUGGAGAUAUUGUGAAAUGUUACGAUGACUAUUAUGAUGAUAUUCUUAUCUCUGAUGAAUUAAGGAAGGUCUUGCUUCUGGAGGAUUCUGACCAUUAUGACUUAUUCAGUCAAUUGGAUCGUGAGGAAUUUCUCUUCUGUCUUUUUAAGCAUUUUUGCAUCGGAGGAACUCUUUGCCAGUUCGAAGAUGUAGUUGACCCAUACUUAGAAACUACAAAAGCUUUUUAUAAAGACUUGGUGAGUGUUCAAAAGAAUCCUGAAACAAAAGAAAUACGUAUUAUUUCUACAGUCUUCAGAGUGUCUGCAUAUGAUGCUAAUGGCCUAUGUUACCCUUCAAGCAAAAGCCACGAACAGACUUUUGCCUACUUGAUUGUGGAUCCCUGCAAGCGACACGUGAAUACGCUGUAUCACUGUUUCGGUGGAGGCGUAUUUGCUAACUAGUUACGAACCCCAGUUUUACUCUCUGCAUACUUUUCUGACGAGGAACGAUGUGCUCCUUGAUUACAGGCUCGGAAGUGCUUCACGUUUACUCAGAUGUUACUACGGAGUUAGUGACAAAAGUUUUCCUGUAUUUAUAGUUCUUGACGCUGUUUUCUUGGCAGUGCCCCCCUCCCUUCACCCGUUUUAUCUAAUAAAAAGUAUUUC